AUGUGCCUAGAUAACUUAGCCGCCCUUUGCUUUCCUGUUUCUUCUUUCAUCAAUGUGAAUUUAUCGUUUAUGAUUCUCAAAUUAUGGCGACACCCAGGCGUAACGGGAAAUUGUCGUCAUGUGAACCAUGUCGUAUAUCUAAACUCCGAUGUGAUCAUUCUUCCCCGAUCGAACCAAAUCACGAAUGAAGACAAUGGACUUUUCGAGCAUUCACUGGAUCUUGGACUUCCGUCUAGCUCCUCAUCUGCCUUGAUCACUACGAUAUCUGAUAAGAGACGGAUAGAAAUAGGGGCACAAAUUCUGUCGUUGCUAGACAAUCUUUCCUUUUAUGGAGAUGUGCUCGAGAGGCGUUUCACUCUCUUUGAGGGAUGGCUAUUUGGCCCGCAAAUUACACGCGAGACUUUACAAAGGCUGAAAUUUUCUUAUAAUGAUGCUAUCCGAGGUUCAAGGCCUGAUAACACACAUGCCCAUCUAUUGGAGUGGUCAAAAACCAUAUUUCGAAACACAGCUACACCCAUAAAGACCUACCCAGAAAUGGAAUUUCCGGAGUAUGUUUCGAUCAUAGCACCGAGAUGGGAAACAAUUGGACUCAUCUUUGCCUUACUGGGCACUGCAACUUACCACAUUCAACUCGAUGACACAGUGCUCCAAGAUGACGAAUCGCUGGAGAAACGCAAACAAGAUCUGCGGGCUACAGCGGUAGCAGUUAGUGAUAUGUGUCUACAGUUUUGUAACACUGUAGCUGCAAUUAGUGAUCCCCUCUGCUGGGCAACAAUGCAGCAUACUUCUUUUAUGGUAGAGAUGCAUGGCUCCACCGACCACAGAACAUGGCAACGAUUAGGAGACGUGACGACGUUGGUAUUUGCCCUUGGUCUUCACCGUCGUGAACUCGACGAGCAAGCCCCAUUCUUCCUUACUGAAAUCCGCAAGAGAGCAAUGAUUGCAGCAUAUUCCAUGGAUAAAAUGCUAGCAACCUUUCUGAAGCGGCCGCCUCGGAUUUGCCGGCAAUAUUGCCACUUCCAUACACCCCUACACAUUCACUGGCAGGAUCUAUUAGGUGAUGCAUCUAUUCGGGAUGCUGCAAUCAAGCGGCUCGACACUAAUGGCUGGGAUAGUCGUGGAGACCUCGAAAGUGCAAAACCCCGAGUCUCUAUGCUUGUAAGUAUCAUUCGAGAGAUGAUUCUAGAGAUUUCUUUCAGCCAUGAGGUGGAUAAUUUAGAGUAUAAAGUCGAAGAGAUCCGUCACGAAUCUAACCAAAUGCGCCUCAGCCUGCCACCUUUCCUACAAUGGUCGCCAGCCAAUAAAAACCCAUUAGCAACCUCUCUGCAUCUCGAGUUUCUGUAUCAGAAUUUCCUUCUAUAUCAGACACUCACAAAACGCACGGGAAGCAUAUCCAACUCGCUAACAGAUACUGCACAUCAAAUCCUGACUCUGGUCCUGGAUACAGUCUCUAAGCAAACUCAGACAGGGACUGUUAAUCAUUUCACUAUAUAUGAUCUAUGCUACAUCGGUUUGCCGGCCGCUGGAGUUUUGUCAAAAGAGCUACUCCGCUGCUCACAAGAACCCACACGCAUAUCGAUGAGAGAAACAUCCCUCCUCCGCUCAGAAAUUAUUCAGCGACUCAGCGUCUUCGCUGCGCAAAUAGAAACCUUUUUUCCGAAUAGAGAAGGUGACUAUGAUACGUGUAUGAAAGGGCGUGUUUUCAUUCGACAGGUUCUCGACGCUGUCCUCAUACCUAGCACAGCAGCCACUUGUGCCCCUGAGCAUGAAGUCACUAGAGAAGACGAAGAUGCCUUAGCACUCCCCAAGAAAGGCGACAGGAAGCUCAGUAUGCCUACUUCGCCAAAUCUCUUCCUACAGCCUGAGACCAGGAAGAUCACAGAAGACCAGCUUAUCGUUGAGGAGAAGUGCAUUGAAAUCGAGAUGAAGCAGCUUAAUAACCGGUCAGUUCUGAGUAAUGAACAGUGGGAAGUUCUAAUUGCUAUUCACAAGACCCUGCUCCGUCUGCAUCAUGAUUCUGCUCCAUAG